AUGGCGCUGUACAGCGCGGCGGCCGCGGUGCUGGCGGGGUUGGAGCGCGGCGAGGGCGGCCUCAAGAGCCUCGUGUACAACAGCGGCUUCCCGCACGUCCGCCAGCUGUACGCGCUUGUGUCCGAGACCCUCCGCUACGCCUCGGUGCUGGAGAAGCUGCUGGAUGGAGCCGCGCUGCUGCAGGCCGAGAAGAAGCUGGCGCCGCAGCUGGCGAAGGUCCUGGUGUAUGACCUGCUCUUCGGCAAGGGGCUGAAGUGCGGGGGCCGCUGGAAGGCUCUGGCCCGGCGGCACCGGGCGCGGCUGGAGGCCGAGCUGGCCCGCUUGAAGGUGCGGCACAAGGUGAGCCGCAACGAGGACCUGCUGUCCCCAGAGAAGGCGGAAAGCGCCGCAGCCUCCCAGGUCCCACGUUACGUCCGGGUCAACACCCUGAAAACUUGUGUAGACGAUGUGAUCGACUUCUUUAAGCGCCAGGGAUAUGCAUACCUGGGCAAGGCAGCCAGUGUGGAGGAGCUGAAGGCCCUUUCCGGAAAAAAAUUCUUGUUGGAUCUGCAUCUCCCGGAGCUGUUGGUUUUCCCUUCACAGACAGACCUCCAUGACAACCUGCUGUAUACUUCAGGACACAUAAUUCUGCAGGACAAGGCCAGCUGCCUCCCUGCCUUCCUCCUUAGCCCUGUUGCCGGCUCCCACAUCAUUGAUGCCUGUGCUGCCCCUGGAAACAAGACAAGCCACCUGGCUGCCAUCCUGAAGAACAAGGGACAGAUCUUUGCCUUUGAUGUGGACCCCAAGCGCGUGGCCACCAUGAACACGCUGCUGACACGGGCAGGGGUCACUGGCUGCCAGCUGGCCCAGCAGGAUUUCCUGACUGUGGACCCCAGAGACCCCAAAUACAGCAGGGUGACCCACAUCCUUCUUGACCCAUCCUGCAGUGGUUCAGGGAUGGUGACCCGGGGGCCAGGGGAGGAGGCGGCCUCGAGUGCUGAACGGUUGCAGGCCCUGGCUGGCUUCCAGCGUCGGGUCCUCAACCAUGCCCUGAGCUUUCCAGCUCUCCAGCGCCUGGUCUACUCCACCUGCUCCUUACACCAGGAGGAGAACGAGGAUGUGGUGCAGGCUAUGCUGCAGAAGUGGGGCUCGGCCUUCAGACUGGUGACUGCCUUCCCGUCCUGGCCCUGCCGAGGACUCGCUGCCUUCUCUGGAGCAGAGAGCUGCCUCCGUGCUUCCCCUGCAGAGACCCUCACCCAUGGCUUCUUCGUGGCUGUGCUGGAGCGGUGCAAGGAAGGGGCUGCUGCCCCCAGCUCCCUGCCUGCAAGAGCCAAGGAGAACCCAGAGCCAGGAGAGGGAACGGAGCCAGGUGCCGCUCCCAAAAAGAGGAAAAAGAAAAAGCAGCGGGUGAAAGAAUGA